CCUUUGGAGUGGCAGUCGUCGAGCGCGUUUCGAGUCGGUUGCACGUGGCCCUCUUCCUCCUCUUCUCUGGUGGCAAUCAGUUAGUCAGGUAUUCGAACGAAGAAUCGGAUUAUACGGAAGAAUCGUUUCGUUCGUCCGAAUGAUGUGGGCUUUAGGCGAAGGAUCAUUCGCCGUCACCGCUGCGGGAUGCAGACGGUCAUAUGCAAGUGCAAGCGAGUGCAUCUAAGCAUGGGAAGCAAGUGUAGCUAAAAUAAAUUCGAGCGGAACGAGGGGUUGUGUCCCGGCCCAGUGGUGGUGGAGGAGGCCUCUGAGCAGUGAUUAGGAGCAAUUGCUACGUGCGUUGCCCCUCAAUGAGGAAAAUGCAUCAGUUUGGAAAUUGAUAUGUAGUGUGUUGUAGCAGUAGAGCCGCCGGCAGACAAGCUCAUAGAAGGAUGGUGACAGCCAGUUGAAAAGGGGCAUGGGAAAAGAAGUAAAUGUGAAUGAAACAAAAAAGAUUACGACCAGUGAUAUGUAGCGGGUGGAAAUAGAUGUCAGUGAGGCGACAUUUAUAACGUAGUGUGGAUAAUGAUUUAAGUGCAUGUGGCGAGGGCUCAUUACAUGGUGGAAAGGCACUUGAGAAGAUGAUCCGCAAUCCAGCAGUCGGAGUCAUGUUAGAAGUGAUGUUGAUGUGAAGUGUGCGGAGAAUUGGAAAAACGACAAAAAGGGAAGGGGAAGUAUUUUUCCGUGACAAAUGUGGUGAAGUGUGACUGAGUAGCGCUGUUACAAAUUAAUCAUCGAGGGAUUUCCCGUGUUUUGGAUAAACGUCUCUUUGGCGUGCACAAGUGACGGAAAAUAGCGUGACAUUGCUGCGGUGAUUAUGCUUGAUGUGGAAAUAUUUGUGCCAGAAGGAAGAUCAAUUUCCCGCAUUGGAGGAAAACUGCACCGCCCGAAUUUGCAAUCUGCAUCAGCAAUCAAGUGCAACAUCAAACAAAUCUCGCCGCCCACAAAUGAACGGAAGAAAGAUUCUGUGUAUACAAGAACUAUAAUCAUGAUGCACUGAUGGCUCCAUGGAGUCGUUCGCUUUGAGAAAAUCCAUCUGGUAAUAGUUUUUGUAGUAGUGAGCAGCUUCCGGUUCUGAUUUGAAGUUCUGUAAUCAUCUUGACUUUCGAAGUAUAUUGUGCGCUUCUUUGCGGUUCAGAGAGGCAUUGAAUGCUUUCAUUGUUUAUUGGGGGAAACAUUAUUCCUAAGAAGUAAAACAUUACGAACGGCCUUUCAUGCGUCAUCGGAAGUUGGUUCUGUAUUUGCAACGAAAUGAAAAGGUUCGCGUGUUUGCAUGAAUCCGUGGUUGAUUAGGCUUUCAGCGCGUACGGCGGAAUGAUUAUAAAUAGGCCUAUCAAAUAUUUGCGAGUUACCGCAACCGUAAACCGUGAUCCGGCUCGCUAGUGCGUUGUAUCCGAUUAUAGUCCUCCAUGGUUGGUUGUCGCCUCCGCGUCAUCACCUCCAAACUGUGUGUGCUUGUAGACAGACGUGCUUCCCAUUAGUCGAUCGAAAAUAGUCAACAUCAGACCGUGGCUUGAGACGGGACUUCUCCAUCAGGUUUUCAUCGCAUCUGUUGAUGGUAAACUGAGCAGACAUUAAUUAGCCGUGAGUGUAUUUAUUUACGGUAGACCUACCUGCGCCUCGACUGAAGAUAGUCCAUCAGAAGGAAAAGCAUUACCCAGAGAAGGCAGCCGGGAAAGCAGGAAAGACCUGAUCCGCGACAAUAGCACUUCCGGAACAUGCCAGCCCACAUCCGCCGUAUGCCAGCGGCAGAAAUAACAUCGUCGCCUUCAACCAGAACAGUGCUCGCAGUCCAACAGGUGCUUGGAAAAAUUGUGUCAUCUUUUGUAACGGCAGCGGCGUGCGACAACAGCAAGCGCAUAAAAAAUCAUAAAGUAGCAAUCUGCUGAGCAUUAACUGUAUUCAAAGCCGCACCCCUCCCCCCACACGGGCAUAAAAAAUUCCACCCGACCGGAUUAUGUAAACAGGAAAAUGACAGCCCCAGCAAUGUCACGUGGAUAUGUUUCGCUGCCAUUGCACAAUGCGGCGCCAGUUGGGUGAACAUCGACAACUGCAACAUUUCCGGUGGUGGCGCAGCUGUCUUCUGGGUGACUCGACAGUGAGGACGAGCGAUAGGGUAAAUGAACCUGUUUGGAAAUAUCCUAGCUCUUGUUCUGGACUAAUAAUAAAUGCACAUGCAACGACGCAACAGCAAAUGUUCCAGGUGUAAUACCCGCUAGCCUGGAGCUACCGACGCGGUAAACUUGCGAAUAAACACAACCAGAGCGCGUGGGAAACUUUUCUGCAUAAAAUAAAAAAGUGAAACAAGAAAAACUAGCGUACAGGAAACUCCGAACUCUUCGUGAUAUAUGGGACGGAAGGCUGCUGCCAGAACUGGGGCAUAACAGUACCGAGAGGAUAAAAUAAAUAGAUGACUAGCCUAAGGCAGGACAGUUAGAGCACGGUCCACUCUGCAGCGCCAACAGAGUUCUGUAAUAUGGCUCGACGAAACUUUAGCAGUGACGGAUGCAACUGCUGCUGUAAUCAGAAACAACUAGUGGCUGUGCUGGUCUUUUUCACCAUUGCUCUGGGAGCUCCACAUUCAGAUCCCAGCUCUCUGUCGGACAACUAUCUGGCACCGGCAAUGUCACAGGCAUAUUUUGCAACCCGAAACAAUACCAAAGUCACGGCACAAAAGGGCGGCACUGCACUGCUGCCAUGCACCGUACUGACACAAACUUCCGCCCUGGUAUCCUGGGUGAGACGAAGGGACUUCCAACUGUUAACCGUAGGACUAUCGACAUACAGCAGUGACGAGCGCUUCCUGGUGCACCACAUCCGACAUAUGGGUCAUUGGGCGCUGCGGAUCAAGGCCGUUCGGGACGAAGACCAGGGCCUGUACGAAUGCCAACUGUCCGUGCACCCGGUGCAGUCGGUGUUUGUCGAGCUGAAAGUUGUAGAUGCCGUUGCGGACAUCGUGGGAGCCCCAGAUUUGCAUAUUGACGAAGGUUCAACGUUGCGGCUCGAGUGCAAACUGAGGCAAGCCACGGAAUAUCCCGAUUACGUGUUCUGGUACCACCAGCACAGCAUGGUAAACUUCGACCAACAAAAUGGCUUUUCGGUGACGCCAUUCCAGCCGGUUGAUAGCACAGUUCCGACGGACGAACUGGCGGAUCAACCAUUCCCACCGUCGUUAGAUGAAACCCAUUACGGGCAACUCAAUCAUGGGCACGGUCAUCAUCACCACCACCACCACCGCAACCAUCCGCAUCAUCAUCACCAUCAUCGGCAGCACCCGCACCGGUUGCCACCGCAAGGCCCAACAACGCAGGACGACACCGACGAUGGUAGUUUCGGUCUAAACGCGCUGGACCUGAUGAGUCCAGUCGCGGCAGCAGCCGGAUCCAUGAGCCUUCUGGAUGCUCCACUGCUGGAUUCCGGCGAGUUGAUGGCCACCGAUCUGACCGCCGGUUUUUCGGCCGUCGAAGAGCAGCUACACCUGUGGGCUCUAAACCAAAGUGGCUUUCUGCCCUACUCCCACCUCCUCUCGCCGGCCACCAGCGUCCUGACAAUCAAGGAAGUGCACUCGAAGCAUGCCGGCAAUUAUACUUGUGCACCGUCCAACAUGCGUCCGGCCAGCAUCACGGUGCACGUGCUGCAAGGAGAGAAGCCGGCCGCCAUGCAGCACGCCAACCGGAGCCAGCUGGAAGAUAGCAAACUGAAAGGCGCUUCGAGUGGCAGCAGCAGGUCCAGCAGCGCACUGCGCAGCCAUCAACAUCCGCUUAUGGCACUUCCGGUGGCAGUGAUGCUUCUACUCCUACUAGUCCAAAUACAAUUUCUUUCGCCACGUGGGCGAAACCAUGGCCAUCCGGCAAGCAGGUGAGAGCGGAAUACCCCGAUGCAGCGUCACUAUGUUUUGGGUCCGAUGCGAGGAACAAUGGAGCGGCAAACAACAGCAGAAUGAGACCGCUACUCUGGGGUCCGCUAAAUUAGGUUAAACGAGAGCAAAAAUGUAAUAUGUAUCCCCUUCUACUAGUCCAUUGCCGAGCGUUCGGCGGAGGCCACUUCCUACCGUAUCGAGGCGCACUGGGGUAGAUACAUAUUUUUCUCGCUCAAAAUCUACGGAUUUUGUUUCAGAUGCAUUUUAGAGAUGUUCGGAAGACUUUUAAUGACUUUUAAUGAAAUUAUAAGAGUUAAGGUAAACAAGUGUUUGUGAAACUGUUAGGAGACUCUAAUUGAUCGUUGGUGAGGACUGUCACAUACUCAAAUUCCGAACUGCUUGUAUGCACUUUUAUUUUGCUUUUUUCAAUGUCGAUGUAAUAACAUUUCAAAGAAAUUAACUAAUAAAAGGAAGCUUGAACUAAAUAAAUAUUUUUAUAAUCUGUAAAAAUAUUGUUCGUCGGUGCACGUACAUAAUGCGCCGACAAGUCACUGAUCUGAGAUCUAAUUUUGAAAGUUCAUCCGAGAUUGUUUCCUGAAUACUCUGAAUCUCGAGAGAGUGUGUAAUCUGACCCAGUGCGCAUUAGUCGGUUAGUGGUCGACCGGAAAGCUGUUCUUUCCAGUUCAGCUAAGCUGAAUCCCGGUUACCCCCAACAACAGCCCAUGCCUCACUCAUCUGGAUCCGAUCAACCGAGCAGCCACUUUGCUCUUUCAGCAAUGCAAACUGGACGAGUCCAAAUAAAAUGAAAUGUAAAUUUAAUUUCAGGUUUCCUCUUCCAGGGCGCGGAUAAUAGCGUUUAUUUUUUGCCUUUGGAAAUAAAAAGCUUUCUUCGAAAAAGUCUAAAUCCAAUUUUAUGGCUACUUCACUGUUACAGUUUGAAACGGAUAGAGGUAAACUUUGGGGGCUUAUUGUCGGUCCCUGAUCGACAAACCUUGUAAAUA